AUGGAAGCCGCUAACCUCUCGGUGGCCGCCGCUGGCGUCACCCUUACCCUGGGACCUGAGGCCUGCAGCAGCAGCCCAAGCCCUGGCAGAGUCGUCGAGUCGACCCCAGGCGGCGCUGCCCUGCCUGGCCGAGAGCCGCCUCUCUCCGUCUUCAUGGUGCUAGUGGUGACGCUGUUGGUGCUGCUGAUUGCGGCCACUUUCCUGUGGAACCUGUUGGUUCUGGUCACUAUCCUGCGAGUCCGCGCCUUCCAUCGUGUGCCGCAUAACUUGGUGGCCUCGACGGCCGUGUCGGACGUACUAGUCGCCUCGCUGGUGAUGCCGCUGAGCCUAGUGAGCGAGCUGUCGGACGGGCGACGUUGGCGCCUGGGCCGGAGCCUGUGCCACGUGUGGAUCUGCUUCGACGUACUGUGCUGCACCGCUAGCAUCUGGAACGUGGCGGCCAUCGCCCUGGACCGUUACUGGACUAUCACGCGCCACCUUCAGUACACGCUGCGCACCCGCCGCCGCGCCUCUGCGCUCAUGAUCGCGCUCACCUGGGCGCUCUCUGCGCUCAUCGCCCUGGCGCCGCUGCUCUUUGGCUGGGGGGAGGCCUACGACGCUGGGCUCCAGCGCUGCCAGGUGAGCCAGGAACCUUCUUACGCCGUCUUCCCCACCUGUGGCGCCUUCUACCUGCCGCUUAGCGUGGUGCUGUUUGUCUACUGGAAGAUCUACAAAGCGGCUAAGUUUCGCUUCGGCCGCCGUUGCCGCGGGGCUGUGCUGCCGUUGCCCGCCACCGUACAGGUGAAGGAGGCACCUCAGGAGGCUGAGAUGGUGUUCACGGCACGUCGCCCAACGCUGGCUUUCCAGGAGAGAAGGGACUCGUGGCGGGAGCAGAAGGAGAAGCGGGCGGCCCUGAUGGUGGGCAUCCUCAUUGGUGUGUUUGUGCUGUGCUGGAUCCCCUUCUUCCUGGCAGAGCUCAUCAGCCCCCUCUGUGCAUGCAACCUGCCCCCCAUCUGGAAAAGCGUAUUCCUGUGGCUUGGGUACUCCAACUCUUUCUUCAAUCCCCUGAUUUACACAGCUUUUAACAAAAACUACAACAAUGCCUUCAAAAGCCUCUUCACCAAGCAGAGAUGA